AUGCAGGAUACGGAAGUGAAGACUGUAGUGCUUGUCUUGGGUCUUCCCCGAUGUGGGACUACCUCCAUUGCUGCCGCAUUGCAGGCCGAUAGCCUUGGUAUCAAGUCUGUUCUCCACGCAUCCGAAACAGCAAAGCACCCGGCUAGAUGCGAAGACAUUCUGGUAGCGCUCCGCUAUCAAGACGAUGAUGAUAUCAUCAGCAGACACUCCAGGAUUUGCAGAGCAACUGAAGGAUAUGCCGCUUGUGCUGAGUCUCUGAAUGCACUUGCGGAAGACCUCAUGGAUUUAUAUCCUGAUGCGAAACUCAUUCUCAAUAUUCGACCACCCUCAAUCCCCGGAGAAACGGAAGGGAUCUCAUGGGCACGAAGCUGUAAGAAUACGAUCAGUUUCUUUACUUCGCCUUGGGUCUUCACGAUUGUCCAGAAGCUUUCAUCUUCCGCUGUUCCUGUAGCGACCGUUCCGAAUCUCCUGUGCCGAGCGCUCCCCUGUGAACUAGCAGGUUCGGUGUUAAGAAGAAGGGGUUGA